GCGCCGCGCACAGCAUGGCCGGCUUUGCCGAUCUGAACCUCCCGCAGGGGCUGGACAAGAAGUCCCUGCAGAGCUUGCUAGACGCUGCAGCGCACUUGGGAUAUUCUGCAGUUGCUCUUAAUCAUGUCAUCGAUUUUAAAGAAAAGAAACAGGAAAUCAUCAAGCCAGUAUCUCUUUCGGAGUUGUUUCCAUCUUUGCCUAUUGUACAAGGGACAUCUAAGAGAAUUAAAGUAUUAACCCGGCUGACACUUGUUGUUUCUGAUCCUUCCCACUGCAAUAUCUUGAGGUCCACGUCUGCAAAUAUCAGGUUAUUUGACAUCAUAGCAGUAUUUCCAAAGACUGAGAAACUGUUCCAUAUUGCUUGCACAACUCUAGAUGUGGACCUGGUGUGCAUAAAUGUGACAGAAAAGCUGCCGUUCUACUUCCGAAGGCCCCCUGUGAAUAUGGCAAUAGAUCGAGGCAUUUACUUUGAACUUCUUUACACGCCUGCCAUCAAAGACUCCACAAUGAGAAGAUACACAGUUUCAAAUGCACUCAGCCUGAUGCAGAUCUGCAAAGGGAAGAACAUUGUUAUAUCUAGUGCGGCUGAAAGGCCUCUAGAACUACGAGGUCCUUAUGAUGUGGCUAAUCUAGGUUUGCUGUUUGGGCUGUCAGAAAGCGAAGCCAAGGCAGCUGUGUCUACCAACUGCAGAGCCACCAUACUUCACGGAGAAACUCGGAAGAGUGCCUGUGGCAUAGUGUACACAGUGAAGAAGCCUCGUAAGGUUGAGGAGGAAGAAACAACGCUGCCAGCCUUCAAAAAGGCUAAAACUCAAGCUUGAUGACUGAGCCAAUUGUCAACAGGAGCU